CACACACUAGUCGUUGGUCGUCAGAUAUGAUGCAGAUCAGAUACGUAGUAGAUCGAGCGCGCCAUGUGUACGCUGUGGGAUCGGUGUCGAAAGUACCUGGACCUGCUAAUUGCUAAUUUUACCGUGUGGAAUCAACCAGAAAACUUAGUGAAACUUUGAUGUAGACUUAUUUGAAAUUGUUCAUUAUAUUAGCUUGCAUUUUUUUUUACCAUCAAGCCGACGAAUGAGAUACCCGUUCAACACCGGCAAUCUAUGAAGUCUGAGUGCUGUAUACAUUCAAACGUGUCAAAAGUGCCAAAACAUGAGCAGUAGGCUGAGUACAAAGCCCUCCAGGAAGGACAGACCUCGCUCUAGUGACAAGCUGAAAGCUGGACGAAAACGUGAUGGAACCCCUGAGAAACCAGUGAGUCCCAAUCAAUCUCAGUCACAAAUGGAGGAAGACAUUGUUCCUGUCAGUAAGAAGAUUCUAGACGGUGAAGACAUCAGAGCUUUGGCCAUUGAUCAUCAGGAGUUGGCUAAAAUACGUGCAACCAAACAACUUUCAGCUGGCUACAGCAAAGAGAUUGUAAGCAACAAAGUCACUGUGCGGAAGCUACAGCCUCAAGCAGAGUCGGAUAAACCAAGAACAAAAAACAUCUUGAUUGCCAAGCCAGCUCCACCUAAUGCAUCUCUCAAACAGGAGGAUUUCACAGGUUUUGUAGGACCUCGGUUUAAUAACGAUGGUGGCAUCAUUCCACAUAGUAUUCUUGGAAAAGUGGAAGACUUCAAGCUAGAAGCUGUGAAACAUGGUCAUUUUGAGACAAAGAUAGACUCCAUUCCAAUCAGGCCAAAGACUCCAAGCUUGAAGUAUGAGAAGAAACAGAAGAAUGAACCUAAGCCACGAGACCCCUUCCUGGAUGAAAAUAAUGCCCUGGUCAAUUGGCAACUUAAGAUGAUAGAGAGGAAAAAGCAACAGGGCUUCAUAUCAAAGUUACUAGAGAAGCCAGUGUCAUCUUUAGUGAUGAACCAUGGUGAUGAUUACCGUAAAGUACAGGAAGAUCGAUACCUCAUCGAAAGGUCAAUUCCAGCAGUAGACUAUGGACGAGGAUAUCGUAUUGGCAGUGAGUUCUGGAAUCAACAGGAAAGAAUUGGAGAUGACAUAUCAGGGAUUCACAUGACACUUACUGAGACUGAGAGGGGUUACCCCCCACCCAUUGAACAUGUUGGUCAGCCAGCAGCUGUUAAAAUGGAAAUGGGAGCUAAGUUGGAUUCCUCGAGACCAGGAACUCCUGUAAGUUAUCCUUGGCACCAGUCUAAGUAUCUAAAGGAGCGGAGACAGCAGCUUAACAAAGUCAUGCAGAAUUUAGAUCCAUACAUACCUGAGCUGAACAAGUUGCAGAUUAUCGGAAGAAGCAAUCCUUAUGAGUUGCAAAUGGAUAAGCCAUCCUGUGAAAAUAAGAUUCCAGAGACAACGGGCUUAAAUCCAGAUGUAAAUCCAGCUUCGUUGGAUAAUGAUGUGAACGAUAAAGGACAUACCUUGGGACCAUCCUUACAGUUUGAUAACUUCAUGGCUGCUUGGAGUGGUGAUAGCCACAGUAACAAAGGCCUUGUGGCACAUGGAGCUAGAGUCACUUUCGAAGUGUAUGCUGGUGAAAGAAUCACCUCCUAUUUGAAUCUGGUAAACAAAGGCACAACUACUGUCUACUAUGAUUGGAAAAAAAUUCCCAAAAUUAACCCAUUCGAGGGAUGUGCCUCUCCCAAAGUACAGCACUUUUACUUCAACACAAGCAGUGGAGUUCUGUUACCAGGUGAGAGCCUCAAGUUCCCGUUUGUCUUCAAGUCACCAAAUGCUGGCAUCUUUUCUGAGACAUGGCAGUUGGACACAAGACCAGUUUUGUGCGGUGGUGCUGUUUUGCAAGUAACACUGCGUGGAAUAGCUCUUCAGGAAGACAAAAAUAAAAGACAGCGGUACCAAAUUGAGCAAGAUCUGUUUACUAAGCAAGCAGUGUUGACAGCUCAACGCAUCCUAGAUGAGUUAAUUGAUGGGAUACGUACACCAGAAAGACCAUGUUCACCAGUGGAUGCUUACAUAACUCAAGAGGAGUUAUUCCAGCAACACAACAAAGGAAUGCACUAUUCAAAUGAAAUAGUAAACCAGUUAAGUCAACUCUACCUGGAGCAGUUUGAUGACGAUGACAAAGAAAAUCAUUCCUGGGAUCUGUCUAUUCAUAGUAUGAAACAGGACUUUUUGGCUCUUGAAGAUGAGACCAAAAGGGAAGAUCUGUUAACCAAGAUGAAUGCUGCUGUGACUUGUCUGUAUUUCCCGCCACUUAGCCCCAUUCAGCAAGAGAUGUACAGGGUUGGGUACCAGUUGCUUAUUGAGGCAGCAGAUAACAUUGUCACACUGUCAAGUGUUAUACGAGAUCAUCUUGGAUUGCCAACAAAGGAUGUAGAAAUGCCAGAUACGGACCAGAUUCUUGGCUCCAAUGACAAUCUAAGGGGAGGUGAAAUUAAGAAGAAAAAGAAAGAACACAAGGAAGAAGAGGUGAAGAAAGAUGGUAAAAAGGACAACAAGAAAGGCAAGAAAGAGGAAAAAGAAAGAGACAGGCCAAAAAGCAAAGGUGGCAAAACCAAGAGUCGUUCUGCAACAAGUCCACCUGCCACCCGUGAACCAAAAAGAGGAGCAGAGAAGAAACAAAUACAUGCACCUGUACGAAGUCUAACACCACCAUCAGAAUCAGGGGAUCCACAUCUUGAUGCUAAGUACAGAAACAAAAUGUAUAUCCAGGUGUAUGGCUUGUUGUCAUCAACUAUCGACAAAAUGACAGAGCUUUUUCAUGAUAUCCAGCCAAGAGAGUGACAUCAGAUGGUACAACAGACCUACCAGCACUUAGUUGUUACAGUGAACAAGGAUUUACCGCUGUUACAAAGAAAUGACAGUGCAAAUCACCAAUAAACUGGUGAUUUGCGAUGUCAUCUCUUUGUUAUGAUGAGUAGGUGUUUUGGUUUAAGUUAGGGUAACAUUAAUAACAAUUUGAAAUUAAGCAUUCUAUUUUAAACUUAAUUCUUUUUCUAAUUCACAAGAUUACUCCUUGAUGUUGAGGUACUUUCCCACAUUAUCCUAAAUGCUUUGACUUCCUUGAGUUUGCUGGAGUUCCAGUUUGUUCAACUGUAAACCACUUGCUCUACAUUUUGUCACAGAGCUAACAUACGGUACCGGCAAAUCAACCAUUUUGGCGAAUUUUGAGAUUUUGUUAUUUUUGAGGUGUUUAAAGGUUGCUCCUUUAUUAAAGUAUUUGUGCCAAAAUUCUGAAUUCUUGUCUGUAUUUGGAGAUUCGGAGCCCCGCCUGUGGCGAAUCAGUCACAUUUUGACAUAGUGACGAAUACGGAAUUUUGCUGGUAACCAGCUAAUGCAAGGUGUACGUUCAAAGUACCAACGAAUGUUGUUUGUCGGAUUGCGGCACGGCGCACAUGUGUGCGCAAUCCGACAAACUGACGAAUAGCAUACAAACUGUGAAAAACAACUGGCUAUUAGAGAUUUUGUAAUUUGACAAACGGACGAAUACGUUUACAAUCAAAUAAAAACAAAUCACACAACUUCUCUGAUUAAAUAAGUUACCUGAUGGAUACUACGUUUCCUAUUUUAUUUCGAGUGUACACAAAAAACAGUAAUUAUCAAAACGUUAAGGAUAAAAUACGACGCCCAGAAAAAUGUCCAACUUCAAACGCAAAUUACUCGAAACAGGGUUUUCGCUUAUUUGUCGGUAUGUCAGCUCUACGACGAAUUAUUUGUGAUGUAACAAAUUCACAUUAGCACCCACUUUUGUGCUGAUUGUGAACAGACGUGAAGUAGAAAUGUUUUGCCGAAUUUGUUUUGAAAGGUACCAUGUUACUACUCAGCAGAGUUUUCAACAACAAAAAAAUCUUAAAUUUCCGCACAAUUUGUUUGAUGGUUACAAAUUGUUAAAAUUUGUAUAAAUGUUAUUGUGAAGGGAGCUUUGAAAUUUAAUAAAUAUUGAUUUUGAGUUGUACUCGUCACAGAAAAUGGUACACUUUAUGGAUCACCUAAACUCUUAUUGCAGAAUAUUGCAAGGUGGGCAAUACUCUCGUACUCUCUGUUGCUCUCUCUAUAUAUACAUAAAAUGAUAAAAGAAUGUAAAAAAAACAAAAUUAAAACAGUGCUCACCGGAUAGCGAU